CUUUUCCUGAAUUAUACAUAUCAAUCAUUGCUGCUUUCACUUACUUUUCUACCAUAUUUCUCUUCUGCUUUACCCAAACUCUGUUGAAUCUCACCUUCUUUCAUGGCUUCUUCUUUUUUUGACAUCGACACCGACACCGCCUUGAGUUUGUUACUAUCCUGCGCGGAAGCUAUUGAAGAUGGGGAUCUGAAAAGCGCCGAUAAGUUCCUUCAGAACAUCUUGAUUCUUGCUGAUGAGAGACCCUACCUAGAUAAAAGCAGAGUGGUGAAAUACUUUGCGGACGCUCUGGUUCGCCGAGCCUACGGACUGCUUCCCGCUUUUUCCUACUACACUUUCCCGGUGGAUCCUGCACCACAUUAUCAUUAUGACCGCUACCGUAUUAAUGGCGUCAUAGAAAAUGUCAUCCAUGCUGCUUUAAUGGAAAAGAAUGCUUUGAUGGGAAACAGGCGAUUGCACCUCAUUGAUUUCUCCAUCCCGUAUCCCAGUUUUCAGAAUUCAGUUCUUCAUACACUACCGACCUUCUCCGGUGAUCCUCUACCUGUCCGUGUAAGUUACAUACUUCCAACAUUUCUGAAAAAAUAUGUAAAGUUCUCACGCCAAAUGGAGAUUUUAACUAGGGAUGCGGAGGAAGUUAAUGUAAAGUUGGAGGAUGAGUUGAAAGUGGUUUAUGCCAAUAGUUUGGCAGAAGCGGAUGAAUUUGAAAUAGAUUUCAAAAGAAGAGAAGAUGAAAUGGUGGUGGUUUACUAUAAAUUUAAACUUGAUAAGAUGGUAAGAGAUGCAAAAGCAAUGGAGAGAGAGUUGGUAAGAUUGAAGGAGAUAAAUCCGACGAUUGUAAUCAUGCUAGACUUUUAUUCCAAUCAUACCCACUCCAAUUUCUUGACGUGUUUCAAGGAUUCAUUUCAGUAUUCCUUGAAGACUCUUGAUUUCUGGGCGCAGUUGGAACUUUUUCUUGAAGAGGAGUAUGAGUGGGACUGCAACAUAGAGGCAUGGGAAGGUAAUAAUGUAAUUAGGCGGCACCCAACUUUGACAGAAUGGCAACAUCUCUUUUCAAUGGCUGGCUUUAGUCGAAUUCCAUUAAACCACAGGAAAGCUAUUGAUCUUAUUGAUAAGUUUGACAGGUUUGUGGAAAUAAUGGGGGAGGAAGAAGAAUGUUUGAUUUUAGGUUACAAGGAAUGUCCAAUGUUUUUCUUGUCGGCAUGGAAACCCAACGUUGAAGAAGAGCACUUAAAUUUCAAUUCCAGCAACGAUAAGUUUGGACAAGGUUUCAAUCCAUAUCCAUCACCUCUUCCGCCUCUUCAACCAUUUCCGGAGGGUUUGGCAUUGAAUCGAGUAGCUGUCCUCGCUGAGAUACAUGACAUACUAAAUCAUUUACAUUGUGAACACAAGUUUUCAUCGGCUUUAACAUGGGCUUCUAAAGUUAACAAUAUGAAUGAAACUAUAUCGGAUCCAAAUAAGUAUACUUUCUCAAUUCAAAGUAAUUCUUGUUAUUUGAAAGAUUUUAAGUCUCAUCUAUUUAUGCAUUUAUGUGAAGAUAAGAUUAAGCAAACCAUUAUUGAGAAAGCAAUUGAAUCAAAGGACGGCUACCAUUGUGAACCAUCUAUUACUAAUCUUGAUGGUGAAGACAAUCCAUAUCCGGUAGAUGUAAAGAAAUAUGACAUAGAUGUUGUUGUUGCAAUCUGUCUACAAAAUCGUUACACAAAUAACGAUCUUUAUGUAGUAGAAUUUUAUUGGCCUGCAAUAGAGAGUGAAACAUCAAAAUCUCUUGCUCUUCGUAUCUUCAAUGACUUGACUCAUAUGGAGAAAAAGUUUGUAACAGUAAAGGUUGAAGGCGCCGAAAAAGCUAUUUCAAACAUUCCAACAUCUUCGGACACAGCAAGACCUUUGAAAAUAGCUGAAGAAACAGAGGAUGUUGAUGCAGUAGAAAUAAACGGGGUUAAUGUCCAGAGGGGAGUGGUUUCAACUCUUCCUUCACAAAUGCCUACACAUUCUUCAUCAAAGGUUGUUGCAGCUCCUUUUAACACACCAGAAGGACCUCAUAACCAGAUUGUUUCCUAUGGUGACCCUGAGAUUGGCAAAGCAAAUAAGGAGAAAGUUCCAAGAACCAAACGGAGAAACUUGAGGCCUAAGACUGGCAAAGGAAAUAAGGAGAAACUUCCAAAAACCAUACAGGCAAGGUUGACGUCUGCGGUUUGGAAGGAUUUUGUUAAGUGUCUAGACGUAGUAACGGGCAAAGAAAAAUCCAGAUGUACACAUUGCUCCACGGAACUUACAAGGAAAAAGAAGAGGGGAACCAAACACAUGAAAAACCAUUUGAUUUACCACUGUCCAGUAAUGAAAAUACAAAGGCGCUUGAAUUUUGUGAAAAUGAUUAUCAAGCAUCGAUAUCCAUUGGAUAUGGCUGAUCAAAAAUUCUUCAAGAAUUUUGUGAAAGAUAUGCAACCCAUGUUUGAGUUUGAAUCGAAAGAUAUUUCAUCUUACAUACGUAGCAUCUAUAAGGAAGAGAAGGAGAAACUUCAGCUGUAUUUUGAUAAGCUUGCCAGUAAGUUCAAUCUGACAGUAAGUUUGUGGAAGAACAAUAGUGGAAAGACAGCAUAUUGCUGUUUGAUAGCACAUUUUAUUGAUGAUAGUUGGGAACUAAAGAUGAAGACUCUUGGCUUGAGAACUUUGAAGGAUAUCAAUGACACUAAAGCUGUUGGUGGAAUUAUUCAGAGCUUAGUUUCGGAGUGGAAUAUAGGCAGUAAAGUAUGUUCCAUAACUGUGGAUAACUCUUUUUUGGAUGACAGUAUGGUUCAACAGAUAAAAGAAAAUUGUCUCAGUAAUCUAGUCUCCCUUUCUUCAAGUCAUUGGUUCAUCAAUUGCACUCUUCUUGAGGAUGGGUUUCGUGAGAUGGAUGACCUACUUUUUAAUUUAAAGAAGUCCAUUGAAUAUGUCACUGAAACAAAACAUGGAAGAUUGAAAUUCCAAGAAGCUAUAGAUCAAGAUGGGAAAUCAUGGGAUGAUCUUUCCUUCAAGCUGGAAUCAGACUUUGGCAUACUUGAUAGUGCUUUGAGAUCAAGAGAAAUCUUUUGUAAACUGGAGCAAAUUGAUGUCAAUUUUAAACUAAACCCAUCAAUGGAGGAAUGGGAGAAUGCAGCAGCUCUACAGAGUUGUUUGAGAUGCUUUGAUGAUAUCGAAGGAACUCAAUCCAUUACUGUAAGCUUGUACUUUCCAAAGCUUUGUCACAUAUACAAGAAAUUUCUUGAGUUGGAAAAAAGCAAUCAUUCAUUUGUUACAUUGAUGAAGAGGAGAUUCGACCACUAUUGGAGAUUAUGCAAUUCGGCAUUAGCUGUUGCGUCUGUUCUUGAUCCAAGGUUAAAAUUUAAAAUUGUGGAGUUCUCAUAUAGAGUGAUUUAUGGCCAUGAUAGUAAGGUGCAAUUGAGCACGUUCCGUGAAGUUCUUACGAAUGUCUACAAUGAGUAUGCCAAUGAAACCAAAAAUCAAACUACAUCCGCUUCAGGCCUGGAUGAUAUCAAUUGGCUUGGAAAUAAUUCUAUUUGGGACUCCUUCAGUGAAUUUGUAACUGCAAGCAACUUUAACGAGGCCUCAUCGAAGUCAGAGCUUGAGCUUUACUUAGAUGAACCUUUACUUCCCAAGGAUGGAGCAAUCUUUGACAUACUUGGUUGGUGGUGUGAUAAAUCCCAAAAGUUUCCAAUACUUGCAAAGAUGGCUCGAGAUUUCCUCUCGAUUCCGGUAUCAAUUUUCACACCAUGUUCAAAUAUUAAGGCCACGAUCAAUAAUCCAGCCUACAAUAUCUUGAAUCCUGAGAGCAUGGAAGCUUUGGUAUGCAGUGAAAACUGGUUGGAAACUCCAAAAGGAAAUGAUGGAGAAAAUCAUGAACCCACACAAACUAUGGAUAAAGGAAAAAGGAAGUUGGAUGAGGACACUUGUGUCAGAAAAAAAUCCAAACCUUCGAAUUGUGAGAAAGCUAUUAGUAUCGAAGUUAUUGUCAAAGAUUCCAACAACAAUGAUCUGGAAAGAACAAAUAUGGAAUUGGAGCGAGGAAAACAAAAAGUAACGGAUUAGUAGAUUUCCAUAUACGAAUGACUAUCGAGUGCUCGGAAGCUCAUAAAUGUUGGAGAUCAGUCGGAGUAUCAUCACACUAUCCAUCUGUUCGUUUUGAUAUAAAUAGUAAACUUAUUUUGAUAUAAUGGCAUGUAUAGGCUAACUUGACCAAUUGUUGGCUUGUAAAUGGUUGUAUGUAAUCUAGCCAUUGGAAUGGCUAGUAAUGGUUUGUUUUGGUUAUAUCAUGAUAAAUACAUAUGUGUUUAGUA